UGCAUGCUGAGAUGACAGAGCCCUGCAACUCAAGGCAGACUGGGACAAGGAAUUCUGAACUCUGCACACUUACACAGUAGGUGCGUUUCUCCGUGUGCCACAUCCAAUUGUCUUCUAAAAGAUCGAAUAUAAAGCAACAACUUGGAAAGAAGGAUCAAUACAUUGUGUGUCCCACCCUACAAAAAACAAUCCUGCGGACACAGAGUUGGGGCUGUUUCUGCUCAUUUUGGCCAAAUAAACCCUUUGGAAGCCAUCUAUAAGGAAUGAAACUACCUGUCAUUUGUUUAAUUUGCCUGCUGCUUCUUUGUCUGGCUUUGCCUGAGACCAGCUGUAGAAUCCAUGAACGAUCAAUGGAAAUCAGAAAUCCUGACAUUGAUGCCUCCUGGUACACUGGACGUGGGAUCAGACCGGUGGGUCGGUUUGGGAGAAGAGAUGCCACAUUUGAGUCCCCUCGGAAAUCCAGCUAUGGAGUGCGGCGUGUCUGCAUCCCUGUGGAAGAAAGUGAUGAGACUGUUCAAGAUGAAUAAACUAAUCUGACCUUCAUCGAUAGGUCCUCCUAUUUCUGUGCUUCUCUCUAAUUUUUUCCUAAGUGGAAGACAAUUUCUUUAACAUUGUGUCUGUGCAGUUUCAAUCAACAUAAACCAAAGAGCUGUUAAUACAGGCAUCUCUGGUCUUCAAGCAAACAUUUAUUUUCUUUUUUCAUUCAGAUGAUUGUUUCUGUCAGGAUGGACCCAUUUGGGAUGACCAUAACAAAUUUAAAAUUAAGGAUAAAGCAUGGAUAGCCUGUAUCAUUGAGUAGAACGGAAUUAUUCUAAGGUACUACAUUGCAACAGAGUAUCUGUAAAAUAAAAAAAAUAGUAAACAUUAGUUUAAAUGUAAAAACAUGAAUGUAUUUCUUAUCCAAAUUUCAUCAGUUUAUACUUUUUUAUAUCACUAUCUUAAAAGAUAUAGCAUUAUCAGAAAUGAACCACAGAGAAGUAAAUGUAGUCUGGUCUGUUUAUUAGACAUGUCUGACAAAAGUUGUGAAAAACAAAAAAAUGGAGACUGACAAAAGUGUAUAAUCAAUGUUUAAAAAGCAGAAAGCCAUUCCCAAGUACUGUAAAAAAUAUAAAUAUGUGUACAAUAAAAAUAAAUCAUACCAGCUGGUAAA